CAGGUGUAUGAGUGUAACACAGGAAGAAGGAAACUGCUAAAACAUGGCUCUUUGCAUGGUUUACCUACCACAUCUGUCAAAUUCUUUCCAUUUAAAGAUGAUGAGUUGAUCACAGCAGGUGCUGAUGGAAUGAUGAUGUGUUGGGACUUGGAAACAUGGAAAUCCUUUAAGAAAAUUGAGGAGCCUCACAAUGAAAUAAGUGCUCUGGAUUUCUCACAUGAUGGCAGGAUCUUUGCAACUGCUGGCAAGGUAGGUCAUGAAACCUGCAACAUUAUUAUCACCCAUGGAAUGUCAAGAUUUGUUUUACAUUGGGAAAAGGAAGACAUUUUUGCCCCAGGAGUAGGCCAUGGAAGAAAAGUUUUCGCUGUGAAAUUUCACCCUUUUAAUGACAACGUCUUUCUGACUGGAGGCUGGGACAGAUGUUUGAAGGUGUGGGAUGUACGAGUACAUCAAGUGGUUCGCUCUAUCCACGGGCCGUACAUCUGUGGUGAUGGAAUUGACAUGUGGGAAGACUCUAUUUUGACGGCCUCUUGGGUGGCCCGUAAUGCACUACAGGUGUGGGACUAUGGCAGCGGCGAGCUGAUAGAAUCAAUUCCAUUUCCGUGUCAGCUUGAGCACGGGGAGUUCCUGUACGUGGCUCGGUUUUGUUCUAGUUAUGAUCUUAUCGCUGCAGGAGGAAGUGGAACCAAUGAUCUGAAAAUCAUCAACAGAAGUGAAAACAAGGUAAUUGCUAGUGUGGAAGGGGAGGGUAAACCCAUUCAAGCCUUAGACGUGUCACAUGACGGAACUCAGCUGGUGAUUGGCAGCACUGGAAAUAGUGUUCAUAUCAAGACGCUUACAUGACCAUGUGGUCAUGUAGGUGUCAAACGAGAAGACGGAGUUGUUUUUAUAUUAUUUACUUAAGUUUCUUCGGUUUGCUGUAUGAAUUUUUAUAAACCGUAUUCAAAACGUGAGAAGUUAAAAUUUUCUUACUUUGUCCUUAAUAAGGCAAACUGAAGUUAUAUGAAUGGUUGCGAAACAUGCAUGUUAAGGUUUACGUACGUCGAAAAGUUUAAAAACGCCACACCCACUUGUAAAGCUAAAGUAUUUUCAGAUUAAAACAUACUUACGCAUUUCUGAAUAA